CAGCUAACACAGCCGUGACAGGGACUGCAGGAGAGCACAUAUUCUGACUUCAGGCUCCCGAUUAUGUUAUUUUGGAAGAGAAGCGAGAUGCAAAGAACUCGCCGAGACAGUGGUACACUUGCUCAGCUAGCGCUGAUGUCAGUGCCUUGAAAAUUUGGGAGAAAAGACUUUAUACUGUUUUUAAGGACAUCCUGUGCUUUAGCAGAAUGGCACUGUGGAAGACGGCAAUGAGAAGAGGCAAAAGGGAAGAAGGAAGACAUCCCUGACUCCUAAAAUGACUCCGUAGUACCUGUCUGGUCCAGACUGGGAAGGAUUGGCUAAAUUUGCAACUUCAUGUCUCAUGAAAAGUGCCUCAAGAAUGUCAAGAUACCAUGCUCAUGUAUCGCUCCAAGCCUUGUAAGGGUUCCAGUUGCACACUGUUUUGGGCCUCCAGGACAUUACAAAAGAAAGUUUUGCACUGUGUGCAGAAAGUCACUAGAUGCACCUGCCUUUCGAUGUGAAGUUUGUGAGCUACACGUGCAUACAGAUUGUAUCCUGUUUGCUUGUAGUGACUGCCGGCAGUGUCACCAGGAUGGGCACCAGGACCAUGAUACUUACCACCACCACUGGAGGGAGGGAAAUCUCUCUUCGAGUGCUCGGUGCGAAGUUUGCAAAAAAACCUGUGGCUCUUCUGAGGUGCUGUCUGGCAUGAGAUGUGAAUGGUGUGGCAUUCUGGCUCAUGCUGCUUGCUACAUAAUUGUCACACCGGAAUGUACUUUUGGAAGAUUAAGGAAUAUGAUUCUUCCUCCAAGCUGCGUGCAAUUAUUUUCUCGCAACUUCAGCAAACUGCAUUGUUUUCGAAUAUCAGAGAACUUGCAAACCGAACCAGAUGAAGACGACGAUGUUGAUGGAUCCACACAGGGGUCAGCAAAAGAUGUCCAAAUUUCAACAGAUUCAAGUAAACAAACAUUAAAGAUAUUUGAUGGGAAUGAUGCAGUGAAACGCAAUCAAUAUCGACUGAUUUCAGUUCCAAGGAUUGCAAAAAAUGAAGAAGUUGUGGAAGCUGCUUUGAGGGCAUACUACAUAAGUGAUGAUCAGCAAGAGUAUGAGCUCCAGACCUUUACCCAGCAGGCCCUAUUGUGCGAUGACGUUAUCAACAGGAACGAUGCUUCGGAAGACAGCAACGCGGGCUCGGUGUUCCGAGAAUCGGUUCCUGAAGCAUGGAUCAUCAGAGCCAAACCAAAGGAUGAGGAAGUGAUCAGAAUUCAUCCUGCUUGGCUCAAGGUGGGAAUGGCUUACGUUUCUCUACGAGUAAAUAAGGAUAGCACUACGCAGACUGUGAUAAAAGAAGUGCUUCCGUUGCUUGGAAGGCAGACGGAGCGUGUUCAGAAUUUCAAGCUAGUAGAAGUACUUAUGGGCAGUAAGCAAGUUCAGCGGAUGGUGUUGGACAGUCAGGAACUGAUCCUUAACAGACUCAAGGACAUACGAAAGACUUCAGUACGUCAGAUGAAUCAAACAAGGUUUUACAUUGUGGAAAACAGUAAAUCCAUUGUUCGAGUAAAUUUAUUUGUUGGUGGCCUUCCCCCUCAGCUUUCUCCUGAAGAAUACACUAAUAUUCUCAAGGAUGAAUUAGCUAUCAAAACAAAUGUAGUAUCCGUGAGUCAUGUUUAUCAAGCACAAGGUGCUGUUGUUCUCGAAAUUUCAUGUUUUUCUGAAGCUGAGAGAAUAUAUAUGCUAGUUAAAGAUACAACUGUCAAUGACAAGCCUCUGAACGGUGUGGUGAUUCCUGAAGUUAUGGCUUCCAAGAUACCACAGAACUGCUGCCCACUUCUUGUAUUUGUGAAUCCAAAAAGUGGAGGUCUAAAAGGUCGGGAUCUGCUGUACAGUUUCAGAAAGCUGCUAAAUCCUCAUCAGGUCUUUGAACUUACUAAUGGUGGCCCACUGCCUGGAUUUCACACGUUCUCUAAAAUCCCCUCUUUCCGAGUGCUGGUGUGUGGAGGUGACGGCACUGUUGGUUGGGUUCUUGGUGCGCUCGAGGAGAUCAGGCACAAGCUGGUGUGUUCAGAGCCCUCCGUUGCCAUCUUACCUUUAGGAACAGGUAAUGACCUAGGGAGGGUGUUGCGCUGGGGAGCUGGCUACAGUGGGGAGGACCCCUACUCUAUUUUGAUUUCCGUGGAUGAGGCGGACGAUGUACUUAUGGAUCGCUGGACUAUCCUUUUGGAUGCCGAAGAGCCUGCUGAAGGUGCAGAGAAUGGUGUGACAGAACCUGAGCCUCCGAAGAUUGUACAGAUGAACAAUUACUGUGGUCUUGGCAUCGAUGCAGAGUUGAGUUUGGACUUUCAUCAUGCUAGAGAGGAAGAACCAGGGAAAUUUAAUAGCAGGUUUCACAACAAAGGAGUUUACGUGAAAGUUGGGCUGCAGAAGAUAAGUCAUACCAGAAAUCUUCACAAAGACAUAAAGCUUCAGGUGGACCAGCACGAGGUGGAGUUGCCAAGUAUAGAAGGACUCAUUUUUAUUAAUAUCCCCAGCUGGGGGUCCGGAGCUGAUCUCUGGGGGUCGGACAGCGACAAUCGCUUUGAGAAACCGCGGAUCGACGAUGGCUUGCUCGAAGUUGUCGGUGUGACUGGCGUUGUUCACAUGGGUCAAGUACAAGGCGGUCUUCGAUCAGGAAUCCGCAUAGCCCAAGGCUCGUACUUUCGCGUCACUCUCCUAAAGCCGAUUCCAGUUCAAGUUGAUGGAGAGCCCUGGAUCCAGGCGCCAGGCCAAAUUAUUAUUUCUGCUGCAGGACCAAAGGUCCAUAUGUUGAAAAAGUCCAAGCAGAAACAGAAGAAAACUGGAAGCCUGAGAGAGACGAGAACGGAUAGCGUGUCAGUCACUGAAGGAGGACGCUAAAUGGAGACCUGUGGUCAGCAUUUGUGCAGCACAUCUACUGUAGAUCCCGUGAUGGUUCAGUGAAACUGAGUGCAGACAACUGGUGAAGAAGGGUUGCUUAUGAGCGUGCCUUUCAUUACAUAAUACAGGACUGGGUUCUGCUUGGUCAUUCAAAGAUAGUGCCUCAUUGUCGCAAAUACUUAACUGUGUACCACUUGUCUCAUCUAAAAUGUUUACUUUGGGUUGCUUUUCCGUAAACCUUUCCCCAGUUUUUAGUUUAUGGAAACUGAGGCUAAACACAGACUCCAAGAUGUUGAGAUUUCCACAUCUGCUUUUACAAAAACUCUUCCCCUCCUCCCCAGGUUUUUCUUUGAGAAACCAUUCCGUAGAUAACGUCUUGGUGUAUCGUUCUGUAAAUGAAAAUGUAUUGUUUUAAAUUAACAUUUGUAGUAGCCUCCAAACCAAAAAAAGGCAAAGAGAUGAGCUGCUGAGGCCUCCUCAGAUCAGUCCAAAUAGCACAGCUGAAGCAGUGCUACUGUAGAAGAGAAAAAUACAAAACAUAAGAGAGAUGAUUUCUAUAAAAGGAGCCCCAUGCACUGGAGAGAGAAUGUACUGGAACAGUUGAGUCAAAAUAUUUAAGAGAGUUUGGUUUCAACAGUAUUUGGACAAUAGGGAAGGGAAAACAGCUUUUAGAGCAAGUUAUCAACUGCAGUUUCGCUUCUCCCAUAUGGAGUCCAAUCCUGUUUUUAAAGGCAUUUGAUUUUCACUAGCUACUACUCUAAAGUAAAAAGGAACAAAAAUAUCUGAGUAGUAUUACAUUAUACUGAUUAUUUUCUAUCAUUGAGAAAUUACGUUUGACACCAGACUUCUCUCCUUGUCUUUCCUUAUGUUAUUUCAUGUUUACCUAUUUGUCCUAUGUUGAACUGUUAUUUAAAAGCAGGCUUCAAAGACUAAAAGAACCAUCACUAAUUAGGGUAAAAGAGGUACCAUUUAGUUCACUAAAGUAAAUUAGGACCAGUGAUAGGUUAAAGCUGAGCUGAAGCAGAGUGCUGUAGGCUUCAGAUGACUGGGAAUGUGAUAGCCGUUGUGAAAACUCACUUAUCUAGUGAGCCUUCACAGGUCCUUUUGCAGCUGCUCUUCUUGCCAGCAGUUGCAGGGCCAGGAUUCAGUGACUGUCUCUUCCACUUGGAUGAGCAUGUGCUCUUAGGAGGCUGUUGCUCUUUCAGCUCCUGUGAGCUAAGAUUACCUCUCCAUGCUUACUUGCCUGCUGAAGAUACUGGGAUGCAGUACUUUCUUCAUAGCUUUCUGCUGAAGAUUGGGGAUAGAGCAGAUGUGUUGGUCCUGUAGAGCACUACAUGUAUCUGCUCGCCAUGGCCACGGUCGUGGUGUCCUUACUUCUCUGCUGGUCUCAUCUCACCAUGGUUAUCGAGUGACUGGACCCUUCACUCCAGAUCAACAUGAUAAACAAGGUUGCCCUCAGCCCGGUCAGUUACGGAGUCAGGAGUGUAUAUGCUUUUCCUGCUUGUGUGCAUCUGCUGCCUGGAACUGCUUAAGCUGUGCUGGUAUUUGCAUGGUGAUAACAAGCACAGCUGUGGAUGGCAUGAGUUCAUCACUCAAAUGGCAGCUUUGGAAGCAUUCUUCUUGCCAGUGCGUCUAGAAACACAUCUCCAGCUGCGUCAGGGAACUUCAGUAAGACAUUGAAGUGUGCCAAGGCCAUGGUUUUGUGUUGGAGCUAAUUAUGUGCUGAGGCAGCUCUUGCUGGGUCUUGUUGAUCAGUGUGCACUCUGAAGCACAGUGCCAACUUCAGCAGCACCUGAUCUUUACCUGUGCUUUACACUUCCCAGUCACAGCACAGACCAGGGUGUGAAUGUAGGUGCUUUAAAACAGUCGUGUAUAAGCAAUAGAUGGAACUACAUAAGUAAAGCUGUAGAGACAGGCCGAACAGGCGUGCAAAGAUGGCAUGAGCUGCCUGCAGUCUCUCCUUGCUGUCCACUGAUUCUUGUUAUUAACAAGGCCUUACUGUUCUGGUAGAGGAGCAUUUGAAGGACUAAUUCCUUUGUUUUCAGUGAAGCUUGCUAUUAAUUGUUUAAAUCAUUACUUUAAUUGUUACUUUAAUGAUCUCCAUGUACUACCACAUGGACGACAACUUAUCCUUAUUCCACAUGUAAACUAGACUUGUGCUACGAAGGCAAUUGUGUUGAUGGCACAGAGCUAAAAUACUCAUCUCUUAAUUAUUAAACACGGGGGAUUGUCUCUACUUCAGAGCCUCGGCAAGAAGAAACCGACGAGCUCAUCUGGCAUCCUGGUACCAGCGUUUCAAAUAGGAAGGGGGAAGUGCUGUAUUUCAGGGUAUGCCUUCUCAGGAUGAAGCUCACAGCUUAGAGAGGAAAUCCUACAUAGAUUGCUGCUUAUAGUACAGAAAGCAAAAGAAACUGCUUUGUGUCCUUGGGGUAACUGAAAGACUGCAUGGUCUUCUUUCCGAUUGCAGACUCUAUGACGGAGAGGAAAAUUUUUGAGUCUUGUUUACAGAAAACAUUCAUAAACUUAAAGUUUGUUGGUACUGACCAUCGUCUGCAGCCCAAGUAAACAAACCCAUCUGACUAGUUUUCCAGAUACGCUGCAGCAUGUAACUGGUGGUGUUUCAUGUUCUCGGCUCGCCGAGGGCCAUGCUGUCUGUCCCUAUCACUCACUCUCUGGUAUCUGAAAUAACAUGAAACUCUUGGGUCAGAUGGACCCUUACUGUGGCAUAUCUUCCCAUGGGGAUCUUCCAUUCCUAGGACAUUGUACAAGCCUGUCUUAGGGUAGCAUUGCGGUAGCAAAGAUACGCAGAAGUAUGAGCGUGUUCUCCUCACAACUGCAGAGAGGAUCUUUUUUUCUUUUUCUUUUUUUUCUCCUUUUUACGGAAACUGGCUCCCACGUGUUAUUUGAGUAGAGGAGUGCCACACUGGAAUGAAAAUUUAUCUUAAGUAAAACACACUUGGCAUAUAGUAUCUCCCUUAGAUGAUUCUUGGUGUGUUUUGAAGACAAAACAGAUUUCUGGGCAGAUGAGAUAGGAAAGCUCUUGUAAACAUUUGUAACAGAAGAAACUCUCUUGAACUGUGUCAACAUCUUCCAGUUUCAGGUACUGUAAAAUGUCCGUAUGCCAAGGGAAUCAUACCUUUCCUGUAUAUGUUUUUAUCACGUUAUGUAUCUAAACGAGCCUAAAAAAUUCUUCCAUAGUAGUGUAGGACUUUAUUGAAGAGAGGUGAUGACUCCUUCUCUUUAAUAUUAAACUUCUUGAGUUAGCAUUUACAGCGAACAACGUAACAGUAGCAAAAGCGUUGGGGAUGAGGCUCAGUUUGUCAAGACAGGCGUUAAGCAACGUCAGGGAUGUAGAGUCGGAGGCCAUAAUCUGUAGAUAGGGAGGAAGUGCAGGUGCACAGCUGUCCAGAGCACCCUCCUCGAUCCUCUCUCCACAGCCCUGCCUUUUUACCUCACCUGCAAACCACAGCAGGCACUCUUCAUACAACUAAUGUCUCUCCUGCUUAGAUACUAGCUCUUGACCUUUCACUAGUGUCCUUCUAGGCUUUGCCAGCAUGGGAGAGAGAGGGGUCCUGGAAGUCAUGGUGCAUAUCCCACUAUCACAAACCAGAAAGGACAUGGUCAGUUGGUUAAAAUCUUUUUUGGUGAAUAAAUGCAUCAUCUCUGUCCUGAAAUAGGACAACCUACAUUCAAAAGAACGUCCCUGGGAUACAAAUACUGCUUCAUUAAAAAUGUUGUUUUUUCCCCCAGCUUUUAGACUUGAUUCAUCUAGUUUAAACUGCUGAGGCCUUUCUUGCAUUGAUUUUUAAAUGAAACUGCAUGGAGUUAUUUUGCCAAAAACAUUUUGUUUACUUAUAUGUGUGUAUGUAUG